AUGGAAUCGUUUGGUUUUAUAGUUAAAACACAAAAUGAUUUAGCAGCAGUGGAUGAUGCAUUUGUUGCCUGGAGGGAUAACAAACCAUUUAGCUCUGUUGCACAAAGCGUCUUAGUCGAUACUGAGGAUUUUUGCGGGAUUGUUGUCGAUUCUCCUAAGGUUGUUAACCAAACUAUUCUUUCCUUGACCACUUGUGAUAUUAUAGAUUCAGAUAACGAAACCCUUAACGAAUUCCAACUUUCCAUUAGUUUGUUAGGUGAAAAGGAAGAAAUUCCAGCCAGUUUAAAUGAUGAUUUUCAAGACCUUUUAAAUAAUUAUUAUGAAUUUGAUGGAGUUCAUCAUUCUUCAGCUAAUGACUCCAUUGUAUUUGGUGCUUGGUACGGUUCCGACGUCGACAAAGUUAUUUUAAUCAGAUUAUCUACCUAUAUGUGGUCCUUCACAAUUUCCAAUGGAGUUUAUGCUAACAACUACAUCGAACAUAUUGGCGAUUCUGCUGCUGAUUCGUUUGGAUUUAUUUUAAAUGUGAAUAAUGACACACAAUUGGUUGAUUACGCAAUUAGUAAAUGGGAAAAUCAUGAAACUUUUAAUGACAACGCUAAUGUUAUUGCAAUCGAUGAUGAAUACUAUUGCUAUAUUUAG